GCGGGGGCAGCGCUGACUCAGCGCCGCGGCCCGGGGCGAGACCGGGGCGGGGCGCCCCCUCCCAGCCCUCCUGCCCUCCCUUCUUCCCUCUCUCCUUCCCUCCCGCCGCGAAGUCGCUGCCCGGCGGAUGCACGGACAGGUCUGUACUGAACAUUGCCGUGUGGGAGAAGUUUGAACUAGUUUUUCUGGUUGUCGGGAGCAGCCUGGGAACAGUGCACACUGCCUUACCCUGCUGCUUGGCAUCUGGGGUGCUGGCUGGGAAGCAUUCAAGCUGCCUUGGAGCUGCCUCAGGCAGUGUCAUAAAAUCUUCAUCAAGUGAAAAUGGCCUUCAGCAAUCUGACAUCAAAGGCUGUACUACUGUAUGAUGAAUGGAUUAAAGAUGCUGAUCCAAGACUGGAAGGCUGGCCACUCAUGUCUUCACCUUUUCCAACAACCUUCAUCAUUGGAACCUACAUUUAUUUGGUCACUUACUUGGGACCCAAACUUAUGGAAAAUAAAAAACCUUUUGAACUCAGGCAGAUAAUGACAUUUUAUAAUUUUAGUGUGGUAGCCCUCUCUUUAUAUAUGACUUAUGAAUUUCUUAUGUCAGGUUGGGCCACAGGGUACUCAUUCCGGUGUGAUAUUGUUGACUACUCGAGGUCACCUACAGCUCUAAGAAUGGUACGAACUUGUUGGCUUUACUACUUUUCCAAGUUCAUUGAGCUAUUAGACACUAUAUUUUUUGUGCUGCGUAAGAAAAACAACCAAGUUACAUUCCUGCAUGUCUUUCAUCAUUCCAUCAUGCCAUGGACCUGGUGGUUUGGAGUCAAAUUUGCUGCAGGUGGUUUAGGAACCUUCCAUGCUUUGGUAAACUGUAUUGUCCAUGUUAUCAUGUACACUUAUUAUGGAAUCUGUUCUUUGGGACCAGCCUAUUAUAAAUAUUUGUGGUGGAAAAAAUACAUGACAACUAUACAACUUGUCCAGUUUAUUAUUGUUACAGGUCAUAUAGGACAAAUCUACAUCAUGGAUAAUUGUCCGUACCAGUAUCCAGUUUUCAUGUUUAUUAUUUUGUUAUACGGCUGUAUCUUUUUAGUCUUGUUUCUCCACUUCUGGUACCAUGCUUACACAAAAGGACGAAGACCACCAAAGAUGUCAAGAAAUGGGACCAGCAAAGAUCAGUGAACAAACUCUUGUCUCUAAAACCAAAACAGCAUAUAUGUCAAAGUGGAAACUUGCAGUACUUGACAAUCAAGAUAUUUAGGUGCACACACUCCAUAGUGUAUGUUUUGUAUUUUUUCUUCCAAAACAGAAUUUGUAUUUUUGCCAUAAGUUAUUUGGGAUUCAGAAUUUUCAAGGAUGGGGGGAGCAGUGUGACUCUCUGAUGAAAAAAAAAAAAAAAGGUGUUUUUUCAACAACUUGUUUGUGUUUAUCCAAUAAGAAAUGAAUGGGUAGAUAUUUAUCUAGGAAGAUGGCUGAAAAUACAGAUAUUCAUUGGGAAAACUAAUAUGUGUAUGACAAGUACUGAGUACUUUGAACACAGAUAAAAAAUUACUUCACUUUAAAUGUCAGAAAUUUUUGAGACUGUCAGCUGCAUUUUAUUAAAAGAAUGAAUCUUCAGUAAGUACUGUUUAUAGAAUCUAAAGCUAAUUAUUAAUAUAGUUAAAGUGUAAACAUUGUUACAUGUGUUUACAAACUAUAUUGCUUUAAAGAAAGGAAUGUAUGUUAAUCUGUCAAGGUAUGGUGUUUCACUUGAAGAUCAUAGAUUUCUGGAUAUACUGUGUUUCACUAAGAUAACAAUUCAUUUCAUGUUCUACUCUCUUGAACAUUAUUGUAAGUAUCAGAAACCUACUAAUUUGAGGAUUAUCUGAACACUUUCUGUGUAAUGAUUGAAACAUCUUACUUAUUUGUUCACCAAAGUAGCUUAGUAUACUAAUUAUUCAAUAUAUCUAUGGAUAUAUAUUGAUAUCGGUAGCCUAAGCUCCUUAGGGGAGAAAAAAUAUCUUCUAAUUCAGUAGCCAAAAUCUUAGUCCUUAAUCACGUUUUAAUAAAACACUUUUUGAUUGAAGUCUCCAGGUCACCAAACAUGAUUGUACUGCGCUCUGUUUUCUUCCAUUCAGAUUAUCUACUGGAAUCCAAGCUUAGGAAGAUUUUCUGUUGUUUUUUUCAGGAUUGUUUGUUUUUAACAACUCAUGGUUAAAGUUUCUCCAUUAAUAGCACCAGUUACCUUGUCCUGAAUGAGGGAAAAAUAUAUACGCCAUUCUGAGCUGUUGUGAGUAGGGCAAGUAGUGGUGACAGUCUGUGUAGAAUUAACCAGUAUGUUGGCAGAUUGCUAGGGUCACACAUGUAUGGAAAUCAAAGGACCUGGCUAUUUGUAUGCAAGUUGCAUUUGUACUGUAUGAAUUUUAUUAAGGAAUUGGUGCAUGCAAUAGACUUGUAAAUGAGGAAUUUAAGGAUGUUUAAAUUAAUGUUACCUGCAAAAGUACUGGGUUUUGUGUACACUACUAACAGAAAAGAAGUUUGUGAUAUUUGCUUUGUGCUUGAUCUGUCUGUGAGAUUUUUCAAAAACUGAAAACUUCAAGGCAGGUUUUAAUUGCUUCCCUGUUGUACAAUUCCGAGAAAGUAAAUUUUGUUAAAUGAAUACUUUUAUGGGGAUACUGACAUUCAUGCUGCAUUGUUCAUGCUAAAAGUAUUUAAACUUUGUCUUGGACACGAUUUACAUAUUAUUUCUUAUGAGAUUAUAUAUAUGACGUCUUUAUAAAACAAAUAAAAAAAUAUUAUAUUUUA